AGGAUUGGACGACCAGAAGGCGCGCUGCUACUUCCGUGCCUCCGCUUCCGGCCUGAGAGCAAUCCAUUUGUCUCUCUCCAAGGUGGAAAGAGAGGGUAGCGACUUUGGCGGCUGUUGCUGCUGUUGCCCUGUCCUCAAUUCCCUCCUCCGCUGUGGUUUGGCCGCUGAGGCCCGAACGUCGUUCGGGCAGGGCCCCUGCCAUGGAUGUAGGUGGUUCCCGUAUCCGCCGGCGGGUGUCUGUCCGCAAAAGGAACCGUCCUAGCUUAGAGAUCCUUUUUGCCGCGCCCACUGUGGCCGAGCUCAGGCCCGGCGAUGAGGAGGAGCAGGAGGAGGACAAGGAGGAGGAGAUGGUGGCUGGGAGCCGGCGACGGAAAACUGUGGGCGUGCAACCGGUCGAGAAUCAUGAUAGUGAAGAGGACAUGUUUGGUGACUAUGAUAGCUUUGCUGAAAAUUCUUUCUUAGCUCAAGUUGAUGACCUGGAACAAAAAUAUAUGCAACUUUCUGAAAAUAGGGAACACGAUGCAGACCUUGCCACUGCAGAUCUUUUUUCAGAAAGCAUCAAACAUAACAAACUCAGCAUUACUACUGUAGGCAGCUUUAUUGAAUUAAAAACACAUGAGCACACAGAGAACCAGAGCGGGCACAAAGAUGUCUCUAUUGAACCUGGACCUGAUCUUUUGUGUGAAUUGCCUUCUUCACAGGUUUUAUACUUUGAAAAUUUGCAGAACUCUUCAAAUGAUUUGGGUGAUCAGUCUACUAAAGAGAGGUAUUGGAACCCAUCCUCUCACAAGACUGUGAGUGAGGAUUUGCUGCAUAAUAGCAUAGAGCAACUCCAGCAAACUGAUGAAUCCUCUUCUAAAGUCAGAACUAGUUCAGAUGUGAAUAGGAGAAAAAGCCUUAAAGAUCUUCUAAAAAGUACCAUGGCUGGAAAUGCAAAGGCUCAAACACCAAUAUUUUCGAGGACUAAACAGCUCAAAGAGAACCUCCUAUCUGAAGAAAUUAAUGUUGCUAAGAAAACAAUUGAGUCACCAUCAGAUGAUCUUGGUCCUUUUUAUUCAUUACCCAGCAAAGUGAGAGACCUUUAUAUUCAGUUCAAGGGAAUUGAAAAAUUAUAUGAAUGGCAACAUGCUUGCUUAACACUGAAUUCUGUGCAAGAAAGAAAAAAUUUAAUAUAUUCCUUGCCAACAAGUGGUGGAAAAACCCUCGUGGCUGAGAUUUUAAUGCUACAAGAACUGCUUUGCCGGCGGAAAGAUGUUUUAAUGAUCCUACCAUAUGUGGCAAUUGUCCAAGAAAAGAUUUCAGCUUUGUCAAGCUUUGGUAUAGAACUGGGUUUCUUUGUUGAAGAAUAUGCCGGAAGCAAAGGAAAAUUUCCUCCUAUUAAAAGAAGGGAAAAGAAAUCACUAUACAUUGCCACUAUUGAAAAAGGACAUGGUCUGAUCAACUCCUUGAUUGAAACUGGAAGGAUUAACAGUCUGGGUCUGGUUGUUGUAGAUGAGUUGCACAUGAUUGCUGAAGGAAGCCGUGGGGCUGUACUGGAAAUGACUCUAGCAAAAAUCAUCUACACUAGCAAAACAACUCAAAUUAUUGGUAUGAGUGCAACAUUGAGCAAUGUUGAAGACCUGCAAGAAUUCCUUCAAGCAGAAUAUUACACCAGUCAGUUCAGACCAGUUGAAUUAAAAGAAUAUCUGAAAAUAAAUGAUACAAUAUAUAAGGUUGACAGUAAAGCUGAGGCUGGCAUGACAUUUUCACAUCUCCUUAAUUAUAAGUAUUCUGAUACUCUGAAGAAGAUGGAUCCUGAUCACUUGGUAGCGUUGGUGACAGAAGUUAUUCCCAAUUAUUCCUGCUUAGUUUUUUGUCCCACUAAGAAGAACUGUGAAAACGUAGCAGAAAUGAUAUGCAAAUUUUUAAGCAAGGAAUAUCUGAAACACAGGGAAAAAGAAAAACAAGAGAUGAUUAAGAACUUGAAGAAUAUCAGCAAUGGCAACCUGUGCCCUGUUUUAAAGCGCACUAUCCCAUUAGGAGUUGCUUAUCACCAUAGUGGUUUAACGAGUGAUGAAAGGAAGCUCUUGGAAGAGGCCUAUUCCACCGGAGUUCUCUGUCUUUUAACCUGCACAUCCACCCUAGCAGCAGGUGUUAACCUACCAGCUCGAAGAGUUAUUUUGAGAGCCCCCUAUGUUGCUAAAGAAUUUUUAAAGAGAAAUCAGUAUAAACAGAUGAUUGGCAGAGCUGGCCGUGCUGGAAUAGAUUCUGUUGGGGAGAGUAUCCUUAUAUUGCAAGAAAAAGAUAAACAACAGGUAUUGGAGUUAAUAAGCAGACCACUGGAAAAUUGUUAUAGCCAUCUUGUUCAAGAAUUCACCAAGGGAAUCCAAACUUUGUUUCUCUCAUUGAUUGGUUUGAAGAUUGCAACAAAUCUUGGUGACAUAUAUCACUUUAUGAGUGGUACAUUUUUUGGUGUCCAGCAAAAGUUUUUGUUGAAAGAAAAAAGUCUCUGGGAAAUAACUGUUGAAUCACUUAGAUACCUGACAGAAAAAGGACUCCUACAAAAAAACACCAUUUUUACAGAAAAAGGACAUACACAAAAAGAUGCUAUUUAUAAGCCUGAAGAAUGGUUCCAGUUUAGUUUUCAUAUUACAAAGUUGGGACAAGCUUCUUUUAAAGGAACUAUAGAUUUGGCUUAUUGUGACAUUUUAUACAGAGAUUUGAAGAAAGGUCUUGAAGGCCUUGUACUUGAAAGCCUUCUUCAUCUAGUUUACCUAACCACUCCCUAUGAUAUGGCUUCUCAGUGUGACCCUGAUUGGAUGAUAUUUUUCAGACAGUUUAACCAACUCAGUCCAGCAGAACAAAAUGUGGCUGCUCUUAUUGGAGUCUCUGAAAACUAUAUUGGGAAGAAGGCAUCAGGUCAAGCUAUCAAGAAGAAGGUGGACAAGGAUAUUGUGAACAGACUAUACCUGUCUUUUGUUCUUUAUACCUUGCUCAAAGAAACCAAUAUUUGGAGUGUGUCUGAAAAAUUUAAUAUGCCUCGAGGAUAUAUACAAAGCCUCCUCACUGCAGCUGCCACCUUCUCAUCUUGUGUGUUACAUUUCUGUGAGGAACUUGAGGAGUUUUGGGUUUAUAGAGCCCUUCUGGUAGAACUUACCAAGAAGUUGACUUACUGUGUAAGGGCAGAACUAGUCCCGCUCAUGGAGGUGACUGGAGUUUUAGAGGGUCGAGCAAAACAGUUAUACAACGCAGGUUAUAAAAGUCUAACACACUUAGCUAAUGCAGAUCCUGAAGUGCUAAUAAGGACAAUUGAUCACUUAUCAAGACACCAGGCCAAGCAAAUUGUUUCAUCAGCAAAGAUGCUGUUGCAUGAAAAAGCAGAGGCUUUGCAAGAAGAAGUAGAAGAGCUGUUGAGGUUACCUUCUGAUUUCCCUUCCAUUGAAAAGGCAUGAAGCUGUCUGAUGAGCAUUUUCAAAUAUGAAUUAUUUUUUGUACAUAUGUUUUAUUAAAGGUUCCUCAUAGUUUAUAAAUGAAAAAAUACAUUUUAAUUAUACAUUCAGAACUGUGGAUGAUGUUUGAAUAUACCUGUCACCCAUAAUUGCAGUAACCUUCCUAGUAAUAAUCCAUCUUACUCAAAUCUUAUACAUGAUCCAGUAUCUGUUCAAAAAUGAAAUCCAACUUCCUCAACCUUGCUGCAUCCUACCUUUGUAGACAGAUCUUUCAUCAUCUCUUACUCAUUUCUUUUAUCAAACUGAACUGUUUAAAAUUCUAGAAUUCCCCCUGCAAUUUCCAAACCCUUUAUUUCCUAACUUCUUUAUUCUAUUCCAAGUGCAUGGGAAAUUAUCUUUAAAAUGUGCUACAUACUUCAACUAUCAACUAAAAAUGCUCAAAUUCUGUCUCCUGUAUGAAAAAGUUCAAGUUUGUUCUCAUUCCCACUCCAUACAUGAGUUCUUGCACUUCUGUAAGUAUUAUGAGUCCCUCAUUUAUGCCUAUGUAUUUUUUAUACUUUUCCAAUGAAUAUUUAUUAUUAGUUAAGCCAUGAUUCAGGAUGCCAGGGUGCGAUGUGCCUAGAUCCCCCUUCACCAUCCUGGGAGAAGAAUGGAGAACAGAGGAGAAGUGGGGUGGAGCCAGUUGAACUCUUCCCAGGAAGUGGGCCUUCUGCAUGGCAGUCAUCUCAGGCCCACACCUGGGAUGUGGACCAUUUGCACAUGGAAACAUCAUCCCCUUUAAUGGUCAUUGUCUUCUCGCAACAGCAGAAGUCCAGGUAGUCCUGCUAGCAGUUCCUUGUCUGGUAGUGGUUGGGAAAACAGCUGUCAAAAGGGACAGUCAUAAUUCUGGAUUUGGUCUUCUUGUCUUCUGCCACAUUGCUGACUCCUAAAAAUGCCCUGAAGCAGCUUGCAGUUCAAUGUAACCUUCAGUGAAGACCAGCCCAUGUCUUUUUAAAUGCUAUUAGUUUCAAAUCUCCUAGAAAGUGGAGACCUUUUUUAUCAUCUUUGUAUGGCACAUAGUACCUACCACAAUUUACUGUAGAAAGCAGGAAACUUUGUGAAGAAUUAAAACUACUCAAGUGAACAAUUUAAAGAUUCUCUUCAAACACACCUAAAUAUUGCCUCUUCCCACUCCCUUUUCAGAAUUAUAGCUCAAAUGUAGAUGACUGGUUAGCUACAGAAAAAAGGGUAAUAACUACCAAUAUUGAUUAAUACUGAACUAGCUUACUUAAAGUCUUACCUGUUCAGGACAUCCAUUGAAGACUUUGCAAAUAGAUUCAGUCUAAGUUCUUCAUGCCUUAACAUUUUCUACCAUUAUAAUGUAGUAAUUUACCUUCUAAUUUCCAUGUACCAGGCACUAUUAUAUGUGCUUUAGGUGACUAAUUUAGUCCUUACAUCAACACUGUAAGGCAGAUACUAUUAUCAUCCCCAUUUUAUAGAUAAGUAAACUGAAACAUAGAGUAAUUAAAAUAACUUGCUAUUUUAUCAAUUUUUGUUCUUCCUAUUUGGUACCUUCUACUUUUUUUGAGUUCAGUAUGUUGCUCCUUUUCUAUUUACUUGUGCAAGCUAUUUAGAUAAUUUUUUACCUUUUUUUUUCUACCAUGUAUAUUUAAGAUAUACAUUUCUUUAGAAAUUGCAUUUAGAGGCAUCCUAAAAUUAAUAUGUUGCACUUUCAUAUUUAUCCAAAUAUUUUAUAUUUUAGUAUUGAUAUUUUUAACUUCCAACUAUUUGGAGAUUUCCUAAGUAUAAUUUAGUUGCUCUUCAUGCUUUAGUUAAACAAAGAUCAAAAGAGAUAUCCUUAAAAAAUAAUUGUCUUUUGAAAUUUGUUAAGAUUUGCUUUAUACUCUAGCAUAUAGUUCUUUUGGUAAAUAGUCCAUAUUUUUAAUCUGUUUCCUUGAAGUUCAUUCGUUUUCUAGACUAAAUUUUUCAUGGACUACAUAAAGUACAUUUUUUUCUAGACUCUUUUCUAGACUCCAUGUUUACUAAUUGCCUUUACAGUGUUUAACAUAUGGUUAAAUCCAUAUAUUGGGCUAUUAAUUCCAUUGUUGUAGUUUUCAUUUUUAGAAUUCCUAUUUGAUCCUUUCAGUAGCUUUGAGUUCACUGCUGAACCUUUUCACUUUGUUAUUUAAUUUCUUAAAUAUAUUAAUCAUAGCUAUUGUAACAUCUGUCUCUAAAUUCCACUAUAUAUAUUAAUCUCUUAUA